GUCAUGAGUUUCCAUCGAACGAUAAUCCCUUCGUCCAUCGAUUUGUCUUCUUCCUUCCGCCGCAGCUAGCGUCGCCGGUAUCUCUACUGCUCUCCACUCGCCGGCCUUCCGCUUUCUCUAUCUCUCUGUCUCCAGUCCUUACCGAGCAACAUACGUUUGAUCAAGACCAUUGACUGUACAUGGCGAAAAGCAUGACAUCUUCAGCUCGAGCUGUGCUUGAGGACUUUUCAACAUCUGCAGGCAAACUUGACAAAUCUGAAGGUCUUGAAUUUGUUUGGGGUAAGAAGAGAGGAGUUGGUGGAAAGAAAAGGGAGGUUCAGUUUUAUGAUUCUUUUAAAUAUGAUGGCGUUCAGUAUGCACUUCAUGAUUGUGUGUAUAUGCACAAAGAAGGUGAACCUGAGCCAUACAUUGGAAAACUUAUCAAAAUCUGGGAAACUGCAGAUAAGUCCAAGAAAAUUAAGGUUCAAUGGUUUUUCCGACCUUCAGAAAUUUUGUAUCAUAUCAAGGAUCAACAUUUCAUGGGGAAUGAAAUAUUUCUUGCCUCUGGUGAAGGGAUUGGCCUCUCAAAUGUCAACCCACUGGAAGCAAUUGCUGGAAAAUGCAAUGUUGUUUGUAUAUCCGAGGACACCAGAAACUGUCAACCUUCUGAGGAAGAACUUAAGGAGGCUGAUUAUGUAUUCUACAGGGUGUUUGAUGUUGCAAGAUUUACCUUAGAUGACAUAGGCGACACAGUUGGUGGUCUGGAAGUUAGGUUUGUGUUUAACAGAAAUGAAAGUGAAAAGGCCAGUCAGAUUGUAAAACUUUCUUCUGAACAGAAUAAAGAUACACAUGCUAGGGUGCAGCUUAAUAUGCAGAAGACAGGUAAUGGAUUGAAAAUUGAAAUGGGUGAUCCCAAUUCAAGAUGUGUAGCCUUGAAGAAAAAUGAACUUGAUUUAAUGCAUGGAGAUGGAAAUGUUAUCUUGAAAGAGCUAGAUUCAACAACAGAAAUAAAGCCUACUGCUGUGGAGCAAAUAGACAGCAUAGCGGUGAAUGAAGUUAUCCUGGAAGAGGAUAUCUCUGCAGACAAGACAGCUUGCAAUGAACACAAGAACAUGGAUGGUGAUACUUCUACUAAGCCACAUAUGAUUGUGGUGGGUGUUGAUGAAAGCACAAACAAUAUGAAAUGCUUUGGUGCUUCAGAUAGUUGGGCUUCAAGUCGAGUAAAACAUGCUUCUGUCAUGCCCUUGGAGUACAAGGACUCGAGCUGUAAUAAGAGGUCAAGCCUGAAUGACACAAAACCUCAAGUUAGAGGUGUCACUACCUCUCCACUUAAGGAAAAAACUGAUAAAGAGAAGGAUCACUGUGAGCUGGUCAAGGAUGUAAAAUCUAUAAAGGAUUCUAUUCCAGAUUUAGAGAGGCCAUGGAAGAAGGCCAAGAUAGAUUUCUCUGCUAUAUCUGAAGAUAAGAACAAAAGUAAUGUUCAUAAACCAGAUGCUAGGUCUGGAGAGAAUGAGGACAAAGUUAUACCAAAAGCUGUGGAUUCUUGUCAAGAAAAGAUUUCUAAACCUUCUAAAAUUUGUGCUGGAUUGGACAAUAAUUCUAACAAGGAAAUUCUUAGCCCAAAUGGCAGCAAAUGUCUGGUCAAACCUGCCCCCCCUACAGAAGUAAACACUAAGAAUAGAAAUGACGAAGUCCAACAUUCUUGUGGGUUGGGCAAUGAUGACAAGCCUGGAAAAUAUUCCAAUGUUGGAGAAGAUAGAACUUCAAAGAAGGCAAAGAUUGAUGUUUUUGAUAAAAAAUCUAUUGAUGGGAAAUUUAAUUCUCAAAGGCCUAGUAUCAAGCACAUAGAGGAUGAGGGAAAUGUUUUGUUAAAGGGCACUAACUCCUUUAAAGAGAGGGCUAUACUUCCUAAACCCAUCCAUGGAUUCGAUGAGGGCCUUACAAAAGCUAGAUCUUCUAUGAAACCAAACAAGCUCUCUAUUAACAACAUCUCGUCAUUGGGUGGCACUUCUACAAAUGUAAUGGAAGAGUUGCAUGACAAGGCCAUUGAAGUGACUCCAAGACAUGUCGUAAGUAGUGCUCCAUGCAUCAUUUUCUUGUGAAAGUUUAAUUUACUUUAUAUCAAAGGGUGAACCGGGGGGUCUUAUCAAGUUGAUGUUUUUAAGGCUUGGAAAUGGGAAGAAAAUGGAGGUGUAUAAGUUGGGAAUGGGCUGGACGAAAUAUGGAGAUGGUGAGGAGUUCUUUUUGUUUUUUUUUGAUAAUUUGAAGAAGAGUGGAAUAUCAAGAGAGAAGGAUGGGUUUAGGAAGAAUGGGAUAAAUUCCAAAUCAGGGAUAAGAGAUAAACACACUCUUAUCUUAAUUUGGAGCCAAAUUAAUACUAUAGGAUAAAUUCACCUCUAGAUUAACUUGGGGUUGAACUCUAGUAUUUCAUCAAGAUAUUACACACUCAAUCAAAUAACUAGAACCUAAAACUCACACUCAAGAGAACCACUCUUAAGAUAUAGAAUUAGGAAUUUGGCUAAAAUAGCAUCACACUAUUUUAAGAGAAUACUCAAAAGAGUAAACAAAGUUUUCAUUUAAUUCAUAUGCUGGUUUACAAGGCCUAUGGCUGAAAUUAUAUAUACAUAAUAAGGGAGAAAGAAUACAAUCAAGGGCUUCUUAAUCC